UGUCUGAAUGCGGACGUUGGAUGCUUCUGUUGCCUCUCCUCUCUGAAUGAAGGUGGAGCGUCACCCAGAUUGAACGUUCUUCCUCUGAUAUUCGAAGGGGACGAUUUGUCGGAAGAAAUCUGAAACUAACAUCACGACUAGAUCUGACAGAAUCACACGAUUCAUCGGGAUCUGAAUGAUGUAGGCCUUAAGCUGUGAAAGAAGAAAUGAUCCACUGUUCAGUCUGCAUCAAAGUUUUAAAAGUCAAUGUGAAUGGAAAAGGAUUUGCGACACACACACCUGAGUGAGAAUGUUUCAGUGCAUUGACAGUGAAAAAACUUUAACUAGUUAAACAGCCUGAAAAAAUAUUGCGCAAUUCACAGCAGAGGGAAACCAGACACACGUUCUGUGUGUGGGCAAGUUUUCAACUGACUGGUAAACCCGGAGAGACAAUGAGAACACUGUCAGCAUGAACAAAUCCUGGAAAUGUGGGGACUGUGGGAAGGGUUUCUGUUCUCCAUCUGCAGUUGAGAUUCAUCAGCGCAGUCACACAGGGGAGAGGCCAUUCACCUGCUCGGUGUGUGAGAAAGGAUUCAGUGCUCUCUCCAAUCUGCUGAGACACCGGCAAGUCCAUGCUGUGGAGAGGCCAUUCACCUGCUCUGAGUGUGGGAAGGGAUUCACUGAUAUAUCCACCCUGCUGACGCACCAGCGAGUUCACACCCAGGAGAGGCCAUUCCCCUGCUCUGACUGUGGGAAGGGAUUCACCGAUUCGACCAGCCUGCUGAGACACAAGCGGGUUCACACCGGGGAGCGGCCGUUCACUUGUUGUGAGUGUGGGAAAGGAUUUACUCAGUCGUCCACUCUGCUCACUCAUCAGCGGAUUCACACCGGGGAGAGGCCGUUCAUUUGUUCUAAGUGUGGGAAGAGAUUCACUCGGUUAUUCAACCUGCAAACACACCAGCGAGUUCACACCGGGGAGAGGCCAUUCACCUGCUCUGAGUGUGGGAAGGAGUUCACUCAAUCAUCCAACCUGCUGCUACACCAACGGAUUCACACUGGGGCGAGACCGUUCAGCUGCUCUCAGUGUGGGAAGGAAUUCACUCGAUUGUCCAGCCUGCAGAGACACCAGGGAGUUCACAAAUGAUAACAGGAGUGCAUUAUGGUGUUAUUGCCGCUGCUAAUCACAUCCAGGACUGAACCACAUUCAUUCUGAUAGUGGGUGACAUGGGAGGGUUAGAGGGUUUCGUUCUGCUGGACUGGCCGCUCUCUCCACUUUACUUCUAGUGGCCUGAUGUGUCAAAUUUCAUCUGAAUCACUGAAUGGAAGGAAAGGUUGGAAGAUAAAAGGUAUUUAGUUUGCAUUUCACUUUCUCCAAUAGUUGGCAUGGAGCCGGUCACAUUGUUUUGUUUAAAUCAUGUGGAUACUUCUCACAGAAAGUACUUAUAGAUUUGUAAAGUUUGCACCUUGUUUGUCGUCGCCAAGGGGAAAGGAAGCUGGAAGGCUUGCUGAGCUUGGAACUGGAGGAGGAACUCUCCAGUGACCCUCUCAAUGAAAGGCAGAGAGUCUUGUGGCAGAAAUCUGUCAUAUAUGGGACAAAUGAAUGAGGUAUAGGAGGGCCAAUCCAACACUUCGAGACUGCUUCACCAUGUGAGAAGGUUGUGAUUGAUCUGAUUGAAGAAACGUGGAAUGGAGAUUACAAAAAGCUGUGCAGAAGAUAGAACUGACUCAAUAGAAUUGUUAUGUUUUCACUGCCAUAGAGUGGGAUAUUUAAAGGCAAACUUUGGAGAUCAAGAAAGAGAAGGAUUUGAAAAAAAAUGAGGGGCAAAAUUUUUACACAGAGUGGUUUGUGUGUGGAAUGGAGCUCCAGAGGAAGUGGUGGAUGUUGGAACU